GUAGCUCAGAAAAUAAUGGAAAAAGUCGAAUGCUGACAGCAACUAUUCGUCGUCGAUCUUAUCUCACGUGUUUGUGUGUUGUUCUUGCGCUACCUAAAUUGAUCUAGAAUUGGUUGUUUUAACAUCUGUGUUUUGCCGCCGAAUUCCUUUAUCUUACAGAAAGACACCGACGCUCACUUUCUCACGUGCUACUUAUCUUGGACGCUGUUAAAAAUGGUUUUAUACGGAACCAUCGCAGAUUGAAAAUCGUUUGCCGUUCCUCUUCCAGUAGUUUCAUCUGAAAAAAUUAAUUUUUCAACUGUUUUGUCUCAAGAUGGGAAUUUACACACAUGAGUCAGAUUCCAUGCACCGUUUCGAACUGAAACACAUCGCGGAGCUGUUUUAUAAGAGUUCCACGACAAAAGAAGAGAAAACGCCGAUUGUUAAGAACAGCACCAAAGUCCCCGACAGCGGAAGCAUCACAAAGGAAUCGAACAUGAACGGAGCCCUCGAUUCGAAAUCGACUUACGACAGUUUGAUCGGAGCAGAUGCGGACUCUGGCGAGGAGGACUCGGAUAUCCCGCCCAAGAUGACCUUGCUACGGAAGCUUUGUUUCUUAUUGUCACUGAAUGGAGGGAUCGUGUACGUGGCAGCACUGCUAUGGUGGAUACCUUGCCGACAUCCCCUUUGCAUGUCCACGCAAAACUGGACAGUCAAUAUCAGUAGUCAGCUUGCGACAAACAUGGAAAUAAAAUCUACUCAGCUGUCGUCUUCAUUAUUGUUCGGGAUUGCGGACCAAAAUGGCGGGAAACUUGCCUCUCUCUCUAUGGCCAGUGGAACAAUAGGUUGGGAAAGAAACACAGGCAUCAUUUUGAAGGACGUGUUUUGCGAUUUGAAUUAUUUCAGUGAUGAAAGUACGAAUAUUCCUGACUGUAUUGGGACAGCGUAUAACUAUAUUAGCGCCUUCAAUGCUUCCAGUGGUGCCAUGUUAUGGGAGAGGAACAUUACAGAUGCCUCCGGCGUGACCAUUCGCAAAGUUGUGUUAGCAGGGAAGCCUUCGACGGGCCCUCUCCUCAUAGCCCUCAGCGAUGAGGAAAUGUUUCUGUUGGUGGCUAAAAAUGGCACGCUGGUGUCGACCAUCGACCUUCCCUGCUCGGGGACGGUCGGGCUGAAGCUGGUGGGAUCGUGGUCAGCUGAGAACGCAUCGUCCUGGACUCUUGUUUGCGAAUAUGGAGAUAGUCUCGAGGUCUGGACUUUCCUGGAGGAGGAAGUGCUGAACCUUGCCGAAGAUUAUGACGAGGGCCCCCCCUUCCGCCUUUUGUUCAGCAGGGGGAGCGGCAACGCUGGGUCGAUGGAUCUGGCCGGUGACGUCACGAAGACUCCAAACUCCCUCGCACUCUCUUGGGCCGAUAGCGUCGUCAUGGUUACGGACCAAGCACCUUUCCAUCACCUCCGAAAGUCGUGGGAGCGACGCUUCGGGGACACCUCGGCUGUCACGAGCAUAGUUUCUGGACGCUUUACAAAUCCCAAAGAAAUUCAGAUCGCCGUCACAGUUCAAGUUGGAACCAAUACCACGCUUCACAUUCUGGAGACCAGAAAUGGCACGUCUGAAGUGGCGACCAGUCUGGGAUGGCGAAGUGUGAUGUCGAUGCGAAAGAUUGCCAGUGGAGAAAGGACGAUAGACACGCUCGUCAUAGAAGCCAUAUCCUCAAAUGAAACGGAAAAGAAUCCUUCCAAUUUGCCUUCCAAACUGUCGAGAAGAGAAUAUAUGACGGUGAAGUACUCGAAGAAGACGCCCGAAUUUGAAAACAUAGCUACAGCUGAUGUCUACGAUUCCACUUUCAGCCAGUUCGCAGAAGGCGCAGCUAAUCUUCUGAUUGCCAGUCAAAGCCAAGAUUCUAGCAAUGUCAUCAGCCGAUACGUUCUAAUAAGCAAGCCAGAAGACAAGUGUGGCUAAAAAAACAUUAUAGCCAAAUUGUGAAUCAGAAAACCAGAGUUUUGACCUCUUUGCUUUGUGGAAGAGAGGAUCUGAUAGCUCAAAAUGGCUAGUUUAAUUAUUAACAUACAUUUAAAUAAAUGUUUUGUACUUUUGUUGAGUUUCAUGCAGAUACGAAGCAUUGUCUUGUUAAUCUUAACUUUUUUCGUCAUUACAUUUCUCAGUGAUUAAAAAUCCAAUAUGUUUUAAAGUGUUAUAACAUUUAAACGUGUCCAUGGGAAAGCUUUCAGCGUUUAUUUCACGCCUAUGAAAAUUUACGGGUAUAAAAAUUAAAUUUUGUUAAUUCAUUUAGUGAUGUAAUCAUUUCGUAGUCAGUUUAUUUUCUAAAAAAAAGCUAAAAUUUAAAAUUAUUUAGAAGCUUUAUUACGUUUAUAUAAAUAAAUAAAUCUAAACUUUUUUAUUAAUAUGUUUUAUAACUUAAAAUAUCUGUGAUACGUUUCACCAUUUUGUUAGGAAUUUUAGAAUUUUAGCUCGUAUAUUUCAAUUUCCAGCUGCUGUGCUAUUUGAUUAACAGCUUAACUAUGCAUAUUAUUUGGAUUGUUCGUGAAAUACUGAAAGUUGAAAUUUAUAACCUGAGAUAUCAUUGUGAAAGCAAUGCAAUGAGCUUUAAAUAUUUUUGAUGAAUGUGUAUGUUUGAAAUUGUUGUAUCAAGUUUUAAAAUGUCUUUAUUUUUACGUUUUAUUUGUGUAAUAAAAAUUUGUUUUAAUUUC